AUGGAGUCCCUCUUGUCGCUCUCGUUUGAUAACAUAUCCUCUCGCGACAGUACCAAGAUCCGCAAGGGCCUGAGGCAGAUUGAAGGUCUACUCGCACAGAUAUGCAUAUCGAGACAGACAUCGCGAUCGCCCAACAAGCGGAAGUCGUCGGUCUUGGGCGAGAAACAACACGGCUCACCGAAACAAUUGGGUGAACUCCAAUACGAUCCUGCAUUCAGAGAGUUCUUCAGGCUACAAGAGGGGUUUCAGUGGAAUGUCGCGUCUCGCCUGGUCGCAACUCUCGAGAGACUGCUCGGCAUGGGAAAUCCGUCACAAACCGAUCUCCUCAUACUAUCCGCGCUCGACCUUCUUCAAGGAGUUCUGCUUCUCCACCCGCCCUCUCGCUGCCUCUUCAACCGCGAAAUCUACAUGAAUCUGAUCCUCGACCUGCUUGACUCGGCCAAUCCACCAAAGAUCCAAUCACAGGCGCUUCUCGUUCUUGUCGCGGCCUUGUUAGAUGCGCCGAUAAACACUCGCAUGUUCGAAAGCAUUGAUGGGCUUCUGACAGUCACCAGCCUAUUCAAGAGUCGGUCCACAACAAAAGAGGUGCGGAUGCGCUCGCUAGAGUUCUUAUACUUCUAUCUCAUGGCUGAGGCGCCUUCACCACCACCUCACAGCGCUAGCGCACCAAAUACGGCGGUCUUGCAACGGCGCGCGAGUAAGAGCGACAGUGGGCUGGCCCGGCACAUCAAGACUCAUUCCAGCGACAGUGCGGGGCUGGUGGACGACCAAGAGGACUCCAAUAUUCGAUCCACGGAAGAGAAGCAGGAGCUGUUGAGUCAAUAUCUCAGCAACGUUGGAGAGCUGGUGCAGGAUCUCCAGGAAAGUGCGCCGUUGAGCAUGAUUGCUGCUUGA